AUGACGAUUACUUUGGACGACGUGUCAUCUCUGUUGCAUAUUCCCAUUACCGGUGCAUUCUUCAGUGUUAAUGUAUAUAACAAGGAUGAAGGUGCAAAUAUAUUGGCAGAGCUUCUUGGAUGUUGGCAGAUGGCUGCGAGAGCAUUUCUGUUGUUUUCGGUCGGUUGCACACUCUUCAACGAUAAGAGUGCAUACGCAGUUAGUGUUGCCUAUCUUGAGUGCUUCCGGGACCUUAACUCUUGCGGGGGAUAUGCAUGGGGAGCAGCUGCUCUUGCUUAUCUUUAUGACAAUCUUCGAGAAGCCAGCAUGCAUCAAACCAGAACUGUUUUUGGGUAUCUGACACUUUUACAGGCAUGGGUCUAUGAGCAUUUUCCUACAUUAUGUAGAGAUUGUUGUAGACUUUCUGCUAGUUAUGUUGAAGACUAUCCUAGAGCACUUAAAUGGAAGUCUAAAAGGGAUAAGGGUUUGGUUCUUCCAUUUAGGAAAGCUCUUGAUGAGAUUGAUGUUGAUGAGGUCUGUUGGACACCAUAUGAGGACCAUCGACUGAAGCGGCCUUUUGAAGAUGUAUCUUUAUUUCGAGGUGGAUACGUUGGGGUCCGAAGAUGUAUGCUCAUCUGCCAGACAGAGUAUUGCGGCAAUAUGGUCAUGUCCAAACUAUUACUGGCUCACCGUUAGAGGUAGUGGGUCAGACGACCACACCAGAUGAAAUGGACAUUAUGUUUACGCAAUAUGUUGUGCAUGUAGUGGAUGUUGGCGCAGUUGUGCAGGGACAUGUAGUCUGCUCGAAUGAUUAUAUGGACUGGUUUCGCAGAAUUUCUCAUCCAUACAUCAUUCGUAGAGGACCAGUCCAUGAAGCUGAUGCAGAGCCUACUGAUCAUGCCACUCAUGCAGCUGAUGGCGGCGAUCCUGCUGAUGACACAGUUGACA